AUGUACUCGCAGUACUGGAACACGGCCCGGGCACAAAGACCGGACUACAGGAGAUACACAGUGGUGGAGGGGGGGGCGCUGCUUCCUCUGGGCUUCAGGAAGCGGAUUCGCUCGGAAGGAGAGGAAAACGAGGAGGCGACCGGCUGGGCAGUGCGACCGAACCCUGAAGGCCAGCAGGAUCAGGAUCGGGAUCAGGAUCAGUAUCGAGCGUCACAGCUGAACAGAGAAGCUGCUGCUCUGAGCGACUACACGGCGCUGAAGGACGUGGCAUAUUCUUCCCUCCUGUUGGAUGAACUCCAGAGGCCCCCUACCUACCAUGGUCCUGAGGCCUCCCUCCCCAGGCUGAGACGCCUCGCUCUGGGCUCCACGGGGGGGAUGACCUCCGACCCCGACCCCCCGGUGAAGCAGCAGCGAUGGUCAUUCGAUGACCAUCAGAGGGGCAGAGUUUACAGCACCUACCUGGGCGGGGCCAAAUGGCAGGCUACGCCCCUCCCCCUGAGUGCUCAGCUAGAGGGGAUGUGGAGGGUCCGCUGCUGCACACCUGGACUACAGGACACUACGGCUGCAGGAGGCGUGAAGCCUGCCGCCCACAGCAUCGCCACCCAAACCUGCCGCCCGCCGUCUGCUGCCGCCAACUUCUUUAACAGGGCGGCUCAGAAGCUCAGUCUGUCCCGCAGGAAGAAGUCCCCAUCAGGCCCCGGGGCCUCCUCCCCCCCCGGCGAGGCCCCUGGGCCCCUGCUGUACACCGGGGGCUUCAGCGGGGCCCUGCAGCUCUCCCCCCCCGCCGUCCCACCAUGCCUCCUCCGGGCCGGCACCAAGGUCAAGGACACGCCAGGGAUGGGGAAGGUCUGGGUCAUGGUGCGGGUUUGUUCGGGCCUCAGCGAGUCGUCCGACUCCAUGUCUCUGCUGAAGCUGGAUGGCAGGAAGAAGCUGCUGACGCUCUGCGAUGCAUCGGACGGACCUAGACGACCCAGAGCUCCAAAGACCUUCACCUUCGACAACAUCUUCUCCCAGGAUGCAUCACAGGCUGAGGUGUGUUCGGGGGCUGUGGCUGAGGUCAUCCAGUCGGUGGUGAAUGGAGCAGACGGCUGCAUCUUCAGCUUCGGACACGCUAACCUGGGUAAGACGUACACCAUGAUUGGUCGGGAUUGCUCCACCCAGAGUCUGGGCGUGGCCCCCACAGCCAUCUCCUGGCUCUUCAAGUUGAUGGAAGAUCGGCGGGAGAAGUCCGGCGCUCGCUUCUCUGUCAGGGCGUCGGCUGUGGAGAUCUCUGGCCACGAGGAGAAACUCACCGACCUCCUGGCCGACCUCGCCUGCUCCUCGGCGGGGGGCCAGCAGGAGGCACUGGGCCCCGCCGUGUCGCUGAGAGAAGACCCCCUUUGUGGAUCCCAGCUGCAGAACCAGACGGAGUUGUGGGCGUCCAAUGCGGAGCGAGCAGCGUUUCUUCUGGACGUCGCCGUGGCAGCGAGGGGGAACAGCCGGUUGCCGAACGACCAGGAGGCCCGCAGGAACUCGCACUUCCUGUUUACUCUGCACCUCAGCCAGGAGCGAAAGGACAACAAGGCGGCAAUGUGUGGCGGGAGUCGUCUCCACCUGCUGGAUUUGGGGAGCUGUGAGACGGACAUCAGCAGGACGAGGGAGGGGGGGGGAGGUCAGUGUCUGUCUCUGUCAGCGCUGGGAAACGUCAUCCUCGCCCUCGCCAACGGGGCCAAACACGUCCCCUACAGGGACAGUAAGCUUGCCAUGCUGCUCAGGGAAUCUCUUGGCAACAUCAACUGUCGAACCACCAUGAUCGCCCACAUCUCCGACUCCCCGCUGAACUACAUGGAGACGCUGACCACCGUGCAGCUGGCCUCCCGCAUCCACUGCAUGAGGAAGAAGAAUUCCAAGAAUGCCUCCAGCUCAUCCGGGGGGGACAGUUCCUGCGAGGAAGGCCCUUCACAUCGACCUCCUCAUCCUCGACCCCUCCACCCCAAAAUCGUGGCGCUCGCCCCGGACACGCCCCUGCUGCUCUCCAGCGACCCCGACUACUCUUCCAGCAGCGAACACUCCUGUGACACUGUAAUCUACGUCGGGCCCGGGGGGGUGGCCAUCUCGGACCGAGAGCUGAGUGACAACGAGGGACCACCGUCCUUCAUUCCCAUCGUCCCCUCCCUGAACAAAAAGCGAGUCAAAGAUGCUCCCAGGGCUGACGGCCAACACCUGAAGUGCAACACGUUUGCAGAGCUGCAGGAGAGGCUCGACUGCAUCGACGGGAGCGACGGCCCGGCCACGCUCAGCCCGGAUGCCAAAGCAAACCAAGCGGUGCUCCGGAUUCAAGCUUGGUAUAAGCCAACAGAGGCUACGUCCCCACCCAAAUCGGAAGAGAUUUCCUCCCCCGGGCUCUUAGAAAGCACAACCACAUCUACAACUAAGCCUGAUCAGGAUCAAUCCGAAUUCCCCUCAGCCAGCCGCCUCGUGAAGACUUCCAACCGGACAAGUGCGGCUGGGGAGAAACCUAAAGGCACCACCUCUCAGUCAUCUGUGGUAAAGCAAGGUGGGGCUUUUUCCCGGGAAUCUGAGCCUGUUGUGCGAGAGAAAACCUACUUUAGAGGAGGGGUUCCCAAGCCCUCAGCCUGCCCGUCAUUACCCAGGACAUCAAGGGAGACAUCUCAGCCUGCGGAGGUUGUAGGUACGACCCCCCCUGUGGGAAUGAGUCAACAAGCACUGAGGCAUGGCCAACCGCUGGGCUCCCCCAACAUGGAGAGGGCCCACAAUCUCCAGGCUGCUCUGUUGGGAAGAUGCCUCAACAGGGAUUUUCUGAGGACUAUGGUGACUCUGCAGCAGCCUGUGGAGUUGAAUGGGGAGGAUGAGCUUGUGUUCACAUUCGUGGAAGAGCUUCCUCUUGGUCUUGUCCCAGACAACAGCCGCCCCUCCAACCUCCUUAGCUUCAACAGCGACUGCUCUCUGCGGGCGUCUCGGCCUGUAAGCAUCAUCAGCAGUAUCAACGACGAGUAUGAUGCUUACACAUGUCUACAGGGAGCGGUGGAACCUGGGGAUGAUGCUGGCACUGUGACGUUAUCCCAACAUGACGGCAAGCAGUCAACUGCUGUUUCAUGGCCAAUUGAAGGGAGUGCUGAUUCAGCAGGAAGUGAAGACCCUCGGUCACCAAGCAGGCCUUUCUUAAGGGACAGAAACAUCUCUCCAGAGUUUGCACCCUUGCUUACCUCGCCAAGUGUACUUCAUAGGCUGAUGUUGCAGCCGGGCUUCAAGAGCUCCCUGAAUGACAGCGGGUUCUGUUUCUCAGAGCUCGACAGUGACCCGGCCACUCCAAACAAACAUUCUUUUACCAAGUCCUUUCCAUCCCCCACCUCAAUCAAAGCCUCUCUGAAGGUGCGAGCCAGUACCCUGAACCCUUCAGUGACAGAGCAGAUUCCCCAUCAUGCUGCCGAUGCCAGUCUUCCCAGGAAAAACAUGCCUACUCCCUCCACAGCAGUGGACUGUAGCCGACAGGAAGACAGACACAGUGAGUCUUUGCUUCUGGGAGGAAGUCACUUCCAUCCCACAGAGUUUCUUUCUGAAGGUAAGCCUCCAAGAAGUGGCACAAGUACUGUUUCCUCUAAAAGGCCUGGAGGGAGUAGUAUACCUCGCCCACCAAAGGCUCAAAUAUUCUCUUCAGCUCACAGGGUUGUGGAUGGUUGUGAAAAGUCCAACAGCAGGAGAGGAGAAACUCUCAUCAGGCUGCCACGACUCACCCGAGGUGCAACCUCUCUGGGAACCAUUUCUGUCCCCCAAACAUGCGAAUCAAGAUGGGGUCAUGAGGGCCCUUCCCUGACGGGCACCCUGAGGUUUUUAUCCCUAGGAAAAAAGUCUCACGGGCAGAAAAGCAACAUGUUCUUCAAGUCAGGAUCUCGAAACACCUCCCCUGCUGCGCCACUAGUCAGACAGUCAAAUCAAGAUCUACAGACUGCACAUUUUCCAAGCAGUGAGUUUGAAAAGUCCUCGUUCCCUAAAAACUCAACCUCAGGAGAAGAGCUCAACCCCAGGCUGCAAGCAGAGUCAUUCAGUCACAGGAGUUUAAAGACUGAACACAGCCCUGCCAGGAUGUCUUCCAGCCCGAAGACACACGGGGCCAAAGCCGAGUCCGGCAGGCACUACGGGAGUCUGGUGGCUCUGGAGAGGGGUAAUGUUCUAAACCUUUCUGGGUCCAGGCAGAACAGCGCUGCUACCUUAGGAGGUGACAGCACUCUCAACAGACACGGGGAUCGAGCGUCCACCCCUGCUUCCUCUCCCCAGGUUCCUCCUGUGUUCUCGAUCACAAGCAAACAGGGGCAGGUCAAAGGCAACGGCAGCCCUCGAGCAGCAGUCCCUGGUGGAACCAAAGUUCGAACUCUGUCGACCAGCAGCAAGAGCCUGAGCUCCUCUCCUAAACCUCUUGGUAAUGAACCUGGAUGCAACACCAGCUUGCCUCCUACCGGUAAGUCCCUCACUAGGUUGGGGGCAGGGGCUAGUGAGGGACACAUCGAGGGCACAAAGCAGGCCCUCAGCAGGGCUGCUAACAGCCGCGUAAGCGAGCUAGCUACUGGUGGCCAGAGGAAGCAGCUCAGCAGGGGGCCUGAAGGAACAGGAAGUGGUGGCACUGACAGCAGGACCAGUAGUGUGAGCGGGUUGCCAAACAACUCGCCGCUACCAUCCCCUUACAGCAAGAUCACGGCGCCUCGGAGACAGCAGCGCUACAGCAGCGGCCACGGUAGCGGCCACGGUAGCGACAACAGCAGCAUCCUGAGCGGAGAGCUGCCGCCCGCCAUGGGCCGAACUGCCCUGUUCUACCAUAGUGGGGGGAGCAGCGGCUACGAGAGCAUGAUCCGGGACAGCGAGACCACGGGCAGCACCUCCUCAACGCAUGACUCCAUGAGCGAGAGUGGGCUGUCCAAGUCCAACAGAAGCAGAGUUUCUAAAUCGCCCAAGAAGAGAGGAAACGGUUUCCUGCGGCGGCGCCUGAUCCCGGCCCCCCUCCCUGACCCCUCCUUGCUGGGCAGGAGGGCGGGGGGGCAGUGGGCGGACCAAAAGGAGCCGUUUGAGAUCAAGGUCUACGAGAUCGACGACAUGCAGCGACACCAGAGGAGGAGGGAGGCAGCUGUCCUCUCUCUGCAGCCGUUUCACCACAUGGAGGAGGGUCUGAUCUACUUCAACGGGCGGCUUAGGAUGCUGGAAAAGCAGCAGCAGCAGAUCAGGGAGCUGAGCAGCAAACACCGGCAGCUGAAGGAGGAGCUGGAGGAGGCCAAGAGCCGGCUGAGUCUCCCCCCCGCCAAGUGGACGGGACAGUUUGAGGUGGACCAGGACCUGGACCGGGGAUCUCAGGAGUUCCUGGAGGCUCUGCUUCAGACCACAGAAGUUCUGCAGGACUGCGUCAGCCUCUGCAAGUCCCGCGUCAUGAUGGAGACGUGUUUCGACGUCGCCGCGCAAGACGAGCAGUGGGAGGUCGGGGUGUGAGAGGAUGCGGCUGUGGGUCAGUGCACUCACCUUCAGAUCAGGGGAGCACCGGUUCAACCCCUGGGCGAGACACACCCACACUGGUCCUGAGGAUGGUCCCCAGUAUUGAGAGUAGGAUGCUUUGAGUACAGACUCUAAUAAGCAGGGUGUAAUAAUGUGAGGGGGGGCAGGUGUACUAUGAGAGCUGGAUACUGCUGUAACUCCUGAGGAUCAACCCUGUGGUCAUUGAGAGUCAGGUCCUGUAAUCCCGAGAGGCGAGACCCAGCUGUGGCCUCCGCAGUUGGCUCGUUGUUAUUUGUGCCCAGUUUGAGGUUAUAAACCACAUGUUGAUUAAACUUCCUUUUCUUUUGUGGCAAGAAGGAGCCAGCUUUAAAUAUUUAGAACGCUGCUGUAAAGAGUUCAUACUGGGGAGUUUGUUUAUGUAAAGAAAUAACCCUCUGAUUUACAGACAACUCUUUCCCAACGUAUGUCAAUGGGGAGAGGCAUUUUUGGGUCCAAUGACAUCACAGACUACAACAGGAGUGUAGUACCACUGUUUAGCCACUACUCUUCCUGGGGGGUAUCGAGCUCUUAUCAUGCAAACAUGGUGUCCAAUGGGGGGCAAAGGGAGGGUUUGAAAAGACGGACGGCGAGGUGAUGAACAAAAACACAGACAUCCUUCAGAUCUGCAGAAAACAUGGGACAGCCUCUUCCAUUCACACAGCAAAACUCAAGCCACCACCUCGGUACAGAGACUGAAGCGGAGCGGAAACCUCGUCUGGAGAAGUGCUCAUGGAAGUGCCUUUAUAUUUACUGUCUAGUUUAACGCGUUUUUGUUUUUGUUUGUCAUGUCUGGUUCUUUUGGUGCUGAUGUUAGGGAGAGGAAUCUCCCUUCCUCCCAGAGUAAGACUUCAUUUGUAGUCGUGCCUCUAGGUUACAGGUAAUCAGUUCAACGGUGUUAGGAUCUCCGGCCCCUGGCCCCACAGGAAAACGGGCUCAUAUGUAAACUUAUGUAAAACUGACAGAAAAGACCUUCAAACUGAACCCCUUGUAGACUGUGAAACCUCAAUAUAUGAGACAUAAACAGAUUGCUAGUAUUUAUUUAUUUGUGUGUCACUUCCUGUCCCCUGGUCUGGAAGUCAAUGGUUUCUGAAUGUGUGUUUGGUUGUUCUCCUGAAAUAAGGUCUGAGGUUAACACGAGCUGAGGAGGUUUUAUCACAAAAGCCCCGUUGGUUAAACCCCUGGAGGAUCCAAGGACUCGUGUUGAGAGCUCUCUCUUUCUGAAGCGGCUGCAUGAAGCGUGUUCAUCCUGGUUCUUAAAGCGUGAUCCUCUGCAUUGAGUCUGUGUUCCUGAGGUGUAAAGAACAGACCCUUCAUUUAUGUCCUUUUUCUAUGGGUUUUGUUACUGUACAGUUUUCUAAUGAUUCGUAAAGAACAGAUUGAUUGUUGAGCAGAGACGAACUGUGAUGUGAAUAAAGAUUAGAGCUACA